CGGGCUCUGAGGGGUCCGGUUCCCGAAGCGGCAAAAACCCUGGCGCCAGAGCUAGGCCGAGCAGAGCAGCAUUGCGAAGCCGCGGCCGCGCGGACUCGUCAAAGACACGCCGCCGCCUGCGACUUUGGCGCUGCAGCCAUCCCUCCUAUCCCUUUCCCGUCGUCCCCUUCUCCGUCGCUGUAUCGCAGCCGCAGCACCAUCGGUAACAGCUAAGUGGUCAAUUCGGGGACUUGGGUUUGGGAGUCGGGGCGGGCGAAAGGCGGGGGCAGCACAGGCGAGCCCGCCAUCUCCUGCGGCAUCUGCCACUGAUGCAGGCACCUCUCCGGGGCGGGAGAGAAUACUGUCAAGAGGUCCCCGCUGUCCCUGUCCACAAUCAGAAUUAGCGAGCUUCUGCCAAGCCUUGGGGAGAGCUUUGCAUUUGGGGAAGGAAGAACUGACCAGGGACUCGGAGAUCACGAGAAAAGAUUUCAUAUUGGAUAGUGUUGACUUUUUGUCAGCUUAAUCUAGAAAGUUGCAAAGUUGCCAAGCCCCCUUAAGCCCUGAGACAUGUCACCCCCAACUGUGCCUCCGGUGGGCGUAGAUGGCGUGUCAGCAUACCUGAUGAAGAAAAGGCACACCCACAGGAAGCAGCGGCGCAAGCCCACUUUCCUCACCCGUAGAAACAUCGUGGGCUGCCGCAUUCAACACGGCUGGAAGGAAGGCAACGAGCCUGUGGAGCAGUGGAAGGGCACCGUGCUCGAGCAGGUUUCCGUGAAGCCCACUCUCUACAUCAUCAAAUAUGAUGACAAAGAUAGUGUGUAUGGACUAGAACUGCAUCGAGAUAAGAGAGUUUUAGCGCUAGAGAUCCUUCCUGAGAGAGUGCCAACUCCUCGCAUUGAUUCGCGCCUGGCAGAUUCCCUGAUUGGCAAGGCAGUGGGUCAUGUGUUUGAGGGUGAGCACGGUACAAAAGAUGAAUGGAAAGGCAUGGUCCUGGCAAGAGCCCCGGUGAUGGACACUUGGUUUUACAUCACCUACGAGAAAGAUCCAGUCCUUUACAUGUACACUCUGCUGGAUGACUACAAAGAUGGUGACCUGCGCAUCAUUCCAGAUUCCAACUACUAUUUCCCUACAGCAGAACGGGAGCCUGGAGAAGUGGUUGACAGCCUCGUGGGCAAGCAGGUGGAGCACGCCAAAGAUGAUGGGUCCAAGAGAACCGGCAUUUUCAUCCAUCAAGUGGUGGCUAAGCCGUCUGUCUACUUCAUUAAGUUUGAUGAUGACAUUCACAUUUAUGUCUAUGGUUUGGUGAAAAUCCCCUAAGUUAAUUGUGUUCUUUUCAAAAGCUGUGGAACUAUUAAAUGCAAAAUAUGUCAUGCGAACUUUUGAGAACAGUUUUUGUGUCAGAAAUUAAAGAAUUUGUUAUUACUUACUGUGCCUCCAUAUCUUACAUUAACUAGUUCCACAGUUUUGCCCCAAGUGUGCUUUGAUACUUUGAUAUUACCUUGUUCUGUAAUCAAAAGUUUAAAUCAGGUGCUAAUAGAAGAUUGAAAAGGGUCUGUAAACUUUGGAACAAUGAAAAACUAGAUAAAGAAAAAUGAAUGGUGUACACACACUGUGGCGCCCCCCUCGCCAUUUCCUUACUUAACCUUUUUUUCUCCCCAGGUAACAAGUGUUAAGAACAUAAUAUAUAUUCUUCCAUCCUCCUACAGAAAGUCUGUUGUAGUCGUUUCUGUAGAAAUGUCAAGCCACAUCAUUUCUUUGUAAUUGCCUUUCUCACUUGACAUAUCUUUCUAAUCAGUAGCUACAGAUAUCUCUCCCUCCCACUCCCUCCCUCUCCCCAUCUUUCUCUGGAAUUUAUUUUUGUAUGUUGUGUAAGAUAGAAGUCCAACUAUACAUUUUGUUCACAUUGGAUACCUGAUUGUGCCAUCACAUUUAUUAAAUAAAUCACACAUCACAUUUCCCUUCUCCCUCUCUUUCUCUCCUUUUAUUCCUCCCUCCCUCUAAUAGCUGCAUAUACAAGUACAUGUUUAUGUACCAAAAUGGUACCACUCAUGAACCAUUCCAUUGUGGAUGCCUUUUAAGUUAUUUCCCUUUUUUCACCGUAACACUCCUACAAUACAUACUGGUGCUUUUAUUUUUAUAGGAUAGCUUCCCAAAAAUGGGACUACUAGGUAGGUGUAUAUUUAAUUUUAUGAGAUACUACAAAAUUAUCAUCCAAAAUGAAAAGGUUCAUUUUCCAGCAUCCUUUCAGCAUUCUUUAAUGUGUGCAAAUCUGAACGAUGAAAAAUUACAUAGUAUUGUUUCUUUAAUUGAUAAACUCAGUGAGUUUUUAUUUGCUUGUUUUUACUAUUUGGACUUUUUGUGAUUUGCCAGUGCUUAUCCUUUGCUCAUUUAUCUAUUGAAUCUUUGAUCUUUUCCUUAUAAAUUUAUAGAAAUUCUAACUAUAUUUACUAUAUGGUGCACAGUAAUCAGUUGUAGCCCUUAUAUAUUAUGAUUUUCUCCCUUCUAUAACUAAUCUUGACUUAAUUAUUGAUAUAUUUAAAGAUUUUUUUUAAGUUUUAGUUAGACUGUUAUUUCCUUUUUAGCUUUGGUUUCCUGUCUUUUUCAGCUGAAUACCCCCACUCCAAGGCAUACAGAUAUUUACCUUCCUGUUUUAAAAAAAUAUUAAUUUUGAGCUUUAACUGUUUGAUCCAUCAGGAAUUUAUUUUUGUAUAUGAUAUAAGAUAGAGGUCCAACUAUACAUCUUUUUUCGUAUACUAUUAUGCUAUCAGAUUUAUUAAAUAAAGUACGUAUUUUCAAAUUCCUGAGCCAGUUUAACUGUACUGACCUGAACAUAAAUUUUGGACUUUGGUAAAGGAAGUCUCCUCUCAUUAGUUUUUUAUUUUCUUCUUUUAUAUAACCUGUCCUAUACAUUCGUUCUUUCAAUUGAAAAUUUGGAAGCCUUCUUUCCACAUUUAAAAAAUUGUGAUGUCUUAGAAUUGUAUUACAUUUCUGAAUUUCUAUUUAAAGGAUUAUUUUAAUGAUAUUAUUAAUGAUUAAUAUCAAGAAUUUUGGUACAUCAUUAAAGUCUUUUGGUUUUGGCUUUGUAAUUUUCUUCAUAUAAGUCCAUCACAUCUGAUUAAAUUAUGUCUAAAUAUUUUUACAGUUUUUGUCACAUUUUUAAUUGAGUUUUUUUUAAUUUUUCCCCUCCUCAUUUGUACUUUUGGCAAUACAGACAAACUACAGAUUUUUUCUUCUAUUUAAUCAGCUUUCUAAAUCCUCUAAAUUGCACUGGGUUUUUAAAAAAAUAUUUUAGGCUUUCUAGAUAUACAAUCAUUUCACCUGCAAAUAGAGAUAAUUUUAUUUCUUAUGAUGUUUAUAUUAAUUAUUAUUACAUGAUCUGUAUUCUCCAAAACAGUUUUGAAUAAUGACUAUGGCAGACAUGCCUGUCUGGUUCUCAAUUUUCAUGGAAUUGUUUUUAGUAUUCCCUAUUAACAUGAUAUUUGCCAUUGGUUAUUAGUGAAUAGUCAUUAAAUGUUAACAUGUUUAGGGAGUUUCUUCUAUUCUUGUUUUACAUAGUGUUAUUACUACAAGUGGCUCCUGAAUUUUAUCAAAUGUCUUUUCAGCAUCUGUUGAUAAAAUAGUAUGAUUUUUUUCCCUUUAAUUUGUUGACAUAAUGAAUUAGAGUGGUAGGUAUUUGAUGUUGAACCAAAUUUGUGCAUCUGGAAUAAAUCCUACUUGGUCAUGGUGUAAUAAUCAUUUGAUACAUUGCUGUAUAUUAUUUACCAAUAUUUUAUUUGCUUUACAUUCCAAAGUGAAACUGUAAUUUUCUAGUUUUUUAUUACAAUUGUGCUAGCUUUAAAAAUGAAUUGGUGAGUUUUCAAUCUUUUUCUGUGCUAUGGAAUAGUUUAAAUGGCAUUAGAAUUAUUUGUUCUUUAAAAAUUAGUUAGUAAUGAGCUGUAAAAACAGUCUAAUCCUGGUGACAAUUUUGAUAGUUGAUCUUUAAUCAGCUUUCUUAUCUCUUCAAUGGUAGUUUAUUCAAGCUUUCUAUUAAAAAGGAACAUAUA